CAUGAAGCCAUUCAAUCAUUCAUUCUAGACAUUCGUAUCAUAUAUCACAAGGUUUUUGAGCCAAGCCUCAAACAAUCCCCGUAUACUUCGUGUUACCUAGUAAUUGAGUAUGUGAUGAAUCAGUUGCAGCUGAAGUUGAUCAAUUAUACCAUCAAUAUCACAAACUUACCAUCCCAUUUCCCACCUGUCCAAUCAGAAAGCGAUUCUCGACGUAUCAAUAUAUAUCAAUGCCUUUGGAGGUCAUCUAUGUAACUCGGCACGGGUUCCGUUCCCAGUGGACCGUUGACCCAUCUACCGGCAACUAUUCAUCAUUCAUUCCGUCUCCUACGGGGCUACCUACCGAUCCCGCUCUCACGUCCCAUGGUGUUGACCAAGCAAAUCAGUUAGCCACACACCUGCUAGAACUUAAUCCUCCCAUAGAACAGGUCUAUUCUAGCCCUUAUUAUCGAUGUAUGCAAACUAUUCAGCCAUUCGUACGCAACUUGAGGCUUCUCCAGACCCAAUCGUUUGGUAAUGUCUCGGGAAGUAUUCCUAGCAUUCGCGUAGAUCUCGGGCUUAGUGAAUGGUAUGGUUUAGCGCGCUUCGACCAUCCGUCAUCCGCACCCCUGGAUGAGCUGCAAGAUUUCUUUCCCGAACUUGACCGAACCUACGUCUCUAGUCCGGCCCCUUCACGUCGCGGAGAGUCUCUGUCGCGGCUACACGGCCGAGUUGCGAAGAUGAUCGACUUCAUUAUCAGACAUAGUGACCAAGAGGGCCAUAGAGCGGUGAUAUUAUCUACUCAUGCAGCGGUCGUCAUAGCCCUCGGGCGGGUUCUCACAGGACAGAUGGAGACGGACUUCGGCGCAUUUACUUGCGGACUAAGCAAAUUUAGACGACGGGGAUCCGAAGCUAUUCGAGCGUCUCCAAGUUCUAACACCGAGACGAGAAUUGAAGCUACAGUUCUGGCGGCGCGGGACAAAAGGCAAAUAGGGGUAGAGAUAGGAUCGAGGAAAGCUCAUAAUGAUUUGGAAACCGAUCCUGCAAGCAACGUCGAUCCCUACCCACACGACUCACCACGAUUUGACCAGGGAUCGCAGGGGGGGAAUAGAUCCGGACUUUACGGAGCCUGGACCUGCGAGCUGGACUCUGACUGCAGUUUCCUUCGUGGCGGCGAGGAAAGAGGAUGGAGAUUCUCUGGCGACGAAUCAUUCAUCGAAACAGAUGAUAAUGGUCUAUGGCUGCCGACGCCAUCUUGCUCUGAUACGGCCGUUGACAGCCACGACAGCCACAUUGACCCAGUAGUUGGGACCCCGAAGCUCUAGUCUCAAAACUACGCAAACAGUCGCUGGCUUCAAUACGCGAGCCCGCAAUUUGCGCACGGAUGAAAUGUUUGGCCAACCUUUUGUCUAGACUAGGUAUUAAUGUCUUAUUCGGCUGCAAGGUCUGCGACACCUUCAAACUUUUCUACAUCAUCGCCGACCUGCCCGAUAAUAUUUUGUCGCUAAAAGAAAUACCGCCUCCAGUUACUAGAG